AUCCAGCUUCCACCACACGGCAUACACAGUACACGACGACACGACACGCUUUCACCCAACGCGCCUCUCCCCGGCUUUCGCCAUCUCUACAAGAAGACUAACUCUAUCGCUUCGACGACGCGUGUGCCUGCGACAUUUUCACUCUCACUCGUCCGGAUUCCCAGAGUUCGAAGCAUGGGAACGCUCGCUCGGUCCACCCCAACAGCCGUAUUCAUUCGCGCCCUCGCCGCUGCCUAACGUCCUAACUCGCUACGAUAUUCGCAAUCUCUGGGCGCUUGAGGGCGCUGAGCGGUUCCAGCCACCAUGAGGUCCGGUUUCAAAGCGCUCAAUGCCGAUUCCGACUAUGAUUCCGAGGAGGAGGUUGACGAUACAAAAGAAAUCCAGGUUGAGGAAGCGUUGAAGCUCUAUCAGACAGCCUUGAAAUAUCAUUCCGAGGGUCCCGCAUCUUUUGAAAAGGCUGCUGAAGCAUACAAAGAAUUGUUCGCCUCCGACAUAUUCAAAUAUCCCGAAUCGCUCUCGGAAUACAAACGUCAUGAGCUGUACGGCGACACCCUGGUUUUUGACAGCAUUCUCGAGGAUGACUUCGAGUCUGGUCCGGUACAGCCAGCUGGCGCUAACGAGGCCGCCCCGAACACUCUACAGCAGAUCCUUCAUUUGGCUUACAAGAACCAUGGCCAAUUCAUGGUGGAGACAAUGCAGCACUGGAUUAAGGAAAAUGGCGUGGACGCUGCUGUACACCACGAAGGAGGAAAACACAUGCUGGGUGUUCUGACACACUUCAGUGAAGCGCUGGAUAAGGAUGAAGCUGACUUGGACCUGUGGCUUCGGGCGGCCUCCGUGGCAGCCCUCUUUGGGAGCCGCCGCAUCACGAGGUUUUGCCUGGAGGCUGUGCUCGAUGAAGACGACAGACUGUUAGAGAGUGUACUUCACCUUCCCGGCCUCGAGGAAGGCUUCGCUGCACAGGAACUCAGGGAGCUAGUCGCCCGUCUUGAAGACAACCUGUCGUUUAUGCAGGCACCCCUAUCCUCCAUGGCUCGGAAAACUUUCUCGGACACCCUGAAAAAACGUUUAAACCCAUACCCCUUCGCCCCUUUACCGUCCGAGGUGGCCAAAUCACAGCCUUUAGGUGCUAUCAAAGGCUCUCCCGAACGGGUUAUGCUGAAACCCAACAACUGGAACUGGGCUAGCGUUGGCGGAGCUAUCUUGAAUCAGCAUCAGGCUGAGCAAAACGGAUUUGCUGAACGUGCUCCGGGGGCAGCCAUCACCGUUGACAUUCCUGGCAAUGCGAACGCCCAUGUAUCGAUUGCGCUGGAUACGGAACACUCUCCACGGGAGGAUAUCAAUAAUGGGGAAGUGCAAGACCAGGUACCCCAAGUAGAGUCACCUUCUGCAAUGAUUCUGACGACGAACAACAUGUCAACGAAUGACGGGGACGUUUGGCCCACGCAAGACGAUGAAAAGGCCCCAGCGGCCACCACUGGCGACGGCGAAUCCAAUGCACCACCAGAUGCUGCCUCGGGAAAAUCGCGAAAACGUUCUACGGAUUCAGCUGGGUUGCCAGAGACAGCCGAGGGUGGGCGCUCCCGCAGCAAACGAAUCAGAGCUCGUGAUUCGGUUGCAGAGGGACCUAUGGGUGCAGAUGCUCCUGCACCAGACCCGGUGAAGCAACUGGAGGAGAAGCUUUAUGUGUUCACACAUGCCGACAAGUGUCUAUUCGAAAUCAUCAACGAUGGCCUGGAACGACUCGGCGUUUCUAGUUUGGGCUCUCCACAGCAGAUGAGAGCUCAACUCGACGGCUCACAAGCCGGAGAUCCAAAAGUUGACAACUCCGGCAGAGCUCCAUGCGACCUAUACAAUGCUUUGCAAAAUGGGCUUCCUCAGUUCGCGGCAAUUUUCCUGAAUUCCGAGCCCGUCGACCUAGGGCAAAUAUCUCGCGACGCUGGAUUGAAUGCCUUUCUGGGCUAUGCAAAGUCUAGCACGGCAAAUGCUUGUGAGAAGCCGACUCUUACCAACGAGAAUCUUCUAGACUUCGCUCGCAAUGUCAAUGAGGGGUUGUACUCGCUUUCGGAGCUCGCCUUCGCGUGGCUUGAAAUGCUAUUGAGCCCUGGAUUGAUAAAUGGCCCAUCCGGUUCUGGAGAAAAACAGUCGACUUAUAUCCAGUAUCGCUGGGGAGAAGAUCUGAAGCGUCAUUUGGUCCAGGUUCUCGUCCACUUCGAUGACUAUAUUUACGAACAAAUGAGGCGAAGAAUUGCAAAGGUCGAUUCGGAAAUGCUGAGGGCUCAGACGAAUUCUGCAGAUUACUCUUUGUCCGCGUGGAGUACUGCUCAAGUUGAGAUGACGGAGACUAUCUUUGAACUUCAUCUUGAUGUACAUGCUCUCAUCAAGCAUCCAAACAGUGGUGUAGACCAGUCGACACAAGUCAUUCAACAGGACCGUCUUAACAGGUGGACCACAUUGGCACGGGAUGCCAUGCAACUAUGCACUAGCUGCAGCCGUGAGACGGGUUUCGAUCGACUGGUGCUGCGGCAUAUUUGGGCAUCUGCCUUUCAGAUGAGCGUCGAUGAUACGAAUCGACCGGAGUACAUUCUCCAUGUCAUGCAAGAACUGCGGGGCAUCUUUCAAUCCGCCGGUGAGCCAGUAAUAGAAGUUCCGAACAAUGCGAUCAUGCCAGAGCUAUCCGUUGAUGCUGUGGACGGCGAACUUGCUCGCAUCAGCAUGAAAGACUUCUUCCUAAAGAUAUUCGAUCGGGAAGAAAAGGACCCGGUCGCUGUGAUUGAGAGCCUGGAACCCAUUCUAGAGCCUGUGCGCGAUGCUGGAAUGGAUGGCCCAUCGAGCAUUGAUGCCGACCCAGGCUCUUCAGAGAUAAAUGGUUAUGUCGCUCGGCGUCAAACUUCACAAUCCAGAGCAAAGGAGCUCACGCAUCACUCGCCCGAGCAAGAAAUGAGGAAAUUCGUGGAAACCGCUGGCGCCCAUGUGAGACUGUCUCUUUGGCAGCGUUUACGCGAAGCCUACGAAGCCAUCGACUAUCCGCCAAUGGUGGUGUCGUGCUAUCUGCGUAGUAUAGAAACCCUCGUAGCGGAGUUCAGAGACCAGUCGUUCAUACAAAGCUCCGGUCCUGAGCGACAGAUCAAAUUGCUGAGGACCCUUCGAAUCAUCGACGAAGUGUUUGUGAGAACACUACAGAUCAUUAAGAACGAGAGUACAGCACUUGAUUGUCUGUCGUGCAACCAUAUACAAACCUCCGUGGCUGCGCUGGUGGAUAUCCUUCGCAUACUGGCAGCGGGAAACAUGCUUGAAGACUUGGUACGUGUAGGGCACAUUUCUGGACCCAGGUUCGACAAUUAUCACCAUACAACCUUCGCUUCGAUAACCGCGAAACUCCAUGAUAUGCAGCUACGCGGCUGGAUGUUACAGUACCAUCUGUUCAGAGAGGGCAUCUCGCAGAAUUCUCUCAUGUUCCCGGCUCCCUCAGAAGACCUGUUCGAAUUCUUGCGGCAUGUUCAUCACGCCACCGGCGUCAGAGGAUUCUGCCACUCGGCAGGUAGAUUGUUUCUGAGACUAGCGAAAGACGAACUGCUCCGACUCGAGGAUGUCAUUGACAGCAAUACCCGCGAUAGUGAACUCUCUCAGGUCUUGCAUGAUCUCUACGGGCUUAAGUUGUUUGUUCAGCCCGCAGAAUGUCUGGACUACCACUCCGCGACCGAGCCGCUCGACAAGAAAACAGCUCUACGGUUGUUGCCAUUCAUCAUGUCCCAGGCCGAAAAGGUCAACAGGAAAGACCUACCCAAGACGGAGAUGAAAACUUCGAUCGAUAAAGUCCAUGGGGUGUUGGGCCGAACCAAACCACAUGAUGAUCUUUCCUUCAACCGAAAACGACUCAAUACCUACCUCAAGUCCCCCAUAAUCAAAGUAUCUCUGUUCGAUUGCCUGAGAGGCAUCGCAGAUGUUUCGACCAGACGUGUCUCUCCUGAAGCUUCUGUGCCUGCAGCUGUCGGCUGGUUCUUCCUCAUGGGCACCAUCGCAUUAUGCAAGUUCCGGUCUCAGAAACGAUUAGCCCCAGGGCCUACUGAGGAUCUUAGUUUCGCACAAGCAUUCUUUUUGCAGGAUUUGGAAUAUUCCGUGGACCGGUGGGAAACAUGGUAUCGCCUUGCUCAAACCAACGACGCACAGCUGGAAGAAUGUGUGACUUGGAGUGCCGAGAAACUCAACAAUGAGAGCAACGAGCUAAUUCGCUAUCAACGCGCCGCCAUACACUGCUACGUAAUGGCUGCAGCAUGUGUUGCACGGGAGACCGAUAGAACACCUCAAAGAGAGGCCAAAGUUUCGGAUAUGUAUACCGACUUCGGCAAUAGGAUCUAUGCGUCUUCUCGAGAGCCAUUCGGCAUGACCGCUUUCGAAUUCCGGGAGAAUGAGCAAAUAUACUACUACGACACCAACCAGAACUGGCUCUACCCAGAAGUUCCUUUCGUCCCAUUGUCUCCAUACGGAGCUUGUAAGCUCGCAGCCGCUUUGUUUCGACGCGCAAUCAAAGGGAAACCGGACAGGUGGUGGAAUCAUUACAUGCUUGCCAAGUGCCUUUGGAAGAUGUACUGCUACCAGCCUGCGCGUCAGUCCAGACCAACCCCGCCAAGAUCACCCAGCAGUGAGAGUCGAACAUCGCUACCCCCUCCUCAUUUAUCUUCUGCGCGAGAGACUGAUAGCACCGGACCCUCGCCAACGGCAAGCUCACCCAUUGCGUCCGCUCUGGAUAUUGUUGAGAUGCCCCAUCAUGUUUUGCACAGUCCCACCGAACGAGACGUACUUAAUGCACUAUGCAAUGCCAUCAACACACUUCCGGAGAAACGAGAACGCGGCCGAGAACCAAUAUUGGAGCCGCAUUACAAGCUUGUUUCCAUUGCUCAUAAGCUUGUGCAGCGAAAAGCAAUUGAUUACAGACGAGGCGAGCAGUUCAUUCGGCAAACGUCCUUCUCUCAGAACAUCCCUGGUCCCGAAGAUCCUGACGAUUGGGAACGAUAUAUUCUUGCUGUGCUGAAAGCCCUCCGAAAUGCUGACAAAUCGUCGUGGCAUCAUCGGAUGAUAGCUCGCACUUCUCACGUUCUAUACGAGGAUCCUAGCGCCCCCAUGGUGGCUUAUGCCGCCAAGCAUGAGCUCACACAGCAAAUGUUCACAAAAACGAUGACCGUGCAGGUGUGGAAGCCGGAGUACGAACGUCCUGGCCGACAUUUCGUUUACACGACACGUUAUACGCGCUUCUUCAUCAAUCUCCUCGAUCAGACGGGGGACAAGACAAACCUAGAGCUACUGGCCAAGCGUGUGCGAAAGAAGCAAAAUGAUUUCUUCAAUCACCAGGAGCUCUGGCACGAAAUUUGUGAACGCUAUAUCAACAUGCUACGUCGUUUGGGUGGCGGCAUACCCGAGGGCCGCGAAGAACCGGUCUUUAGGUUCGUCAGGAAGAAGGACUUUGAAACUACUGCACCUGAACUGGAGAAAUGGUGUCAAGAUCCCUCAAAUAAACAUCCCAUAUUGGAUGUUCUUCGUGACGCCCUUGAGUUCAAGCGCCUCAACAACGGGCUUGACAAGAAAGAUGGGAUUGACAACUUCAUCGGGGACGCUUAUGCUUUCCUAUAUGAGACGAAGGUGCCGGAGUUACUUCCAGAGCACUGGCGACAGCAACAGCAGUGGGCACUGCAGUACGAGUUCAUGCUGGACCGAGAGCGCUAUGAAGAAGAGAAGCUACAGGCGGAGCGGCAAGAGAAGGAAAAGCGGGAUCGAGAGUUCGCAAAGAUGGUGAGAGAGCGCGGUGAGCACGGCGGUCCACACCUCGUGCACUCGCCUGAUGCGUCUCUGGGACACUUGCAGGCGGACGGUGUGAGCGAAGCAAGCGAAUACCCUUCAAAUCAGCCAUUCCACCUCUAUCAUCCGAGUCAACUACAAGGUGGUCCAGCCUCGAAGACAAAGGAGCAACCAGGCCUGGUCUUCGUUCCUGCAGAACCACAGUCCUUCGGACCUCCCGGAGCUGGCGAAAAUCCACCAGAAGAGCCGCAUAAGAGGCGGAAGCGAAGACCCAAGAUGAUUGGUAUCAAGGAGAUACUUCGUCGAGCGGAGGCCGCUACCGUCAAGGUUACGCCUACGCCAGCCGCGCCCCCACCGCAAGUACCAGGAACGCCGAUGCCGAUUCGCACACCCUCGAUUUCUCAUCCCUCUGUGGUGAUCCCCCGCAUGUCAUCGACGCAGAAAAAUACGGUUGAACAAGCCACGCCGAGCAAGGCGCAUGGGGAGGGUCCGGCGUUGCCAUCGCUGAGUGCCCUCAUGACUGGAUAUAUGGGUCCCAGUUCGAACCAGAUCAGUUCUGAGGAUGAGAGUGAGUUGAGUGAGUUGGAUGAAGAUGAGGUGAGGGAGAUGCAGGAGGAGUUUGGUGACCAUUAUCAUGAUAUGCAUGAAGAAGAGGAGGAGGAUGAUGAAGGAGAGGCGGGAGGCGACCAGGGAGGCGAUGGCGACGACGAAGAAGAAGGAGAGGGAGACGGGGAAGAAGGAGAUGGAGGCGAUGGCAGCGGUGAGAAUGACGAUGUCAUGAUGGAGGGUGAUCAGUAAGAUUCUCUGUAUUUGUAUAUGGGCGUUACAUACCUAUGAUUGUUGGGUGUCUGGUUAUGGCUCUUUGUUCUCUCUUCUGCCGCCAAGACGAAUUGUGUACCAACACUUGCGGUACGCUCAAGGGAUCGGAAGCGAAGGAAAGGUCUUAGAAUAGAUGACGGCAUGGUGUUCUAAGGGUACGUAGUCUCUCUUUGUUGUAUAGUAUACCUCGAUACCCCUUUUUACUAUUGGGGUGUUAGUUUGGAAUCAUUCCCAUGGUAUCCGUUUUCGGCUCGUGGGUGGACGUUGGAAUGUUUGUGGACAAAGAGCGGUGUUAAGCGCGGUGUCUACCCCAGCGAAUGGCAAUUUAGUUCCGUG